GCUGACACGGGGAGAAAAGAAACAGACUGAGAACGGGACGAGGGAUGAAAACACACAAAACAUAAAUAAGGCUUAAUCACAAGACAGAGAAAACACUGGUUUAGAGGGGGGCACAGUCAGGCGAAGGACUGUGUGCAAAAGAGGAGAGUAAAAUAAAGGAAGGAAGGCAGGCAGGAAGGGAGAGGAGGAGUGUGCAGUUGGUUUGAGGGAGAACAGAAAAGGGAGAGCGUGAGUGGUGCGAGGGAACCGCGGAGUGGGAGAGGGGAAGUGAGAGAGCGCGAGCGAGCGUGAGAGCGAGGGAGAGAGUGGGAGCGAGCGAGAGAGAGAGAGAGAGAGCAAGCUUGAAGCCGCUGGUCCAUUGAAGAAAGAUGGCUACAGUCACAGCAAACGGAGUGCAGCAAGAGAAUGGAUUCAGCACUACGACCAGCGCCGGCAGAAUGAACGGGCUUACAAUCGGACAGAACACCAUUCCCAUGAAGGACCACGACGCCAUCAAGCUCUUCAUUGGCCAGAUCCCCAGAAACCUUGAGGAGAAAGACCUGAAACCGCUGUUUGAGGAAUUCGGCAAGAUAUACGAACUCACCGUACUGAAAGACAGAUUUACAGGAAUGCAUAAAGGAUGUGCCUUUCUAACCUACUGCCGAGGAGUCCGCGUUGAAGGCCCAGAGUGCUCUGCAUGA